AGUGCCACCUGUCAGUGUCCAUCAGUGCCAGCAGUCAGUGCUCAUCAGUGCCACGUGCCAGUGCCCAUCAGUGCCACAUCAAUGCCACAUAUCAGUGCCCAUCUGAGCUGCCUUUCAAUGUCACCCAUCAGUGCCAGUCAGUGCCACCUAUCAAUGCCAAUCAGUGCCAUCUAUCAGUGCUGCCAAUCAGUGCCACCUAUCAGUGCCAGUCAGUGUCGCCUAUCAGUGCCAGUCAGUGCCACCUAUCAAUGCCAAUCAGUGCCAUCUAUCAGUGCUGCCAAUCAGUGCCACCUAUCAGUGCCAGUUAGUGUCGCAUAUCAGUGUGCAUCAGUGCCACCUAUCAGUGCCAGUCAGUGCCACCUAUCAGUGCCAGUUAGUGCUGCCUAUCAG